CCGCCCGGGUCUACUUUCCAACGGCAUCAUUGCGCCUCACAGGGAGAAGGCUGGUGAAGUGUCACCAUCGGCUGCGUGUCAUUUAACGUUUUAUGACAAAAAAAAAAAUAAACCCUCUCGAUUAUUAUCUGAACCGGGUGCAGCUUCGCUGAGGUGUUCGAUGAAACUUUGCCUUGCCAGGUUAUCAUAUGCCCGCUCCACCUGAAAAAAUGAUAUUUUAGGAUAUUAUGUUAGCUAGUUAAUUAAUUUGUGUCAGUAAAGUUAGAGCAAUAACGUUGGCUGUCAACUGAGAGGAGACAUUUUUUUUCUUCUCAUCAUCAGACGACUGUUUCCUGCCCUGUCUCCCCGCCUUAAAGCCAGCUAUUCUGGUUGAAUCAAGCCCAAAAGCGAUUCAUCUUCUGAGGAGACCCGACUGACUGCGCCGAAAUGGGGUAUGGACGGUCGGACAGCUACCGCGUGGCCACCACGCAGGACAAGGAUGAGAAGGAGUCGCCCAAGAAGAAGGGAGGCAAGGAUCUGGAUGACCUCAAGAAGGAAGUUCCCAUAACGGAACACAAAAUGUCUGUUGAGGAGGUUUGCCGGAAAUACAGCACUGAUAUUGUCCAGGGUUUGACCAAUGCCAAGGCAGCAGAGUACCUGGCCAGGGAUGGCCUUAAUGCCCUGACUCCACCCCCCACCACUCCAGAGUGGGUCAAGUUCUGUCGCCAGCUGUUUGGUGGCUUCUCCAUCCUGCUUUGGAUUGGUGCCAUCCUCUGCUUCCUGGCCUACGCCAUCCAGGCUGCCACAGAGGACGAGCCUGCUGGGGAUAACUUGUAUCUGGGUAUCGUGCUGUCAGCUGUCGUCAUCAUCACCGGCUGCUUCUCCUACUUCCAGGAAGCCAAGAGCUCCAAGAUCAUGGAGUCCUUUAAGAACAUGGUCCCUCAGCAAGCACUGGUGAUCCGUGAGGGAGAGAAGAUGCAGAUCAAUGCUGAGCAGGUGGUGGCAGGAGACCUGGUGGAGGUGAAAGGAGGAGACAGGAUCCCUGCUGACCUCCGCAUCAUCUCCUCCCACGGCUGCAAGGUGGACAACUCAUCCCUGACUGGUGAAUCAGAGCCCCAGACCAGGUCACCUGACUGUACCCAUGACAACCCACUGGAAACCCGCAACAUUGCCUUCUUCUCUACCAACUGUGUCGAGGGAACUGCACGUGGCAUUGUUGUGUGUACUGGCGAUCGUACAGUGAUGGGCCGCAUCGCCACUCUCACCUCAGGCCUGGAGACCGGCAAGACACCCAUCGCUAAGGAGAUCGAGCACUUUAUCCACAUCAUCACAGGUGUGGCCGUCUUCCUCGGCGUGACCUUCUUCAUCCUGUCAAUCAUCCUGGGUUACAGCUGGCUGGAGGCCGUCAUCUUCCUCAUUGGUAUCAUUGUUGCCAAUGUACCCGAGGGACUGCUGGCCACGGUCACUGUGUGUCUGACACUGACUGCUAAGCGAAUGGCUCGUAAGAACUGCCUGGUAAAGAACUUGGAGGCUGUGGAAACUCUGGGCUCCACCUCCACCAUCUGCUCUGACAAGACGGGCACUCUGACCCAGAACAGGAUGACCGUGGCACACAUGUGGUUCGACAACCAGAUUCACGAGGCCGACACCACCGAGGACCAGUCUGGCUCCUCCUUUGACAAAAGCUCUACAACAUGGGUGUCUUUGGCCCGCAUUGCUGCUCUGUGCAACCGUGCUGUGUUCAAGGCUGGCCAGGAAUCUUUGCCCAUUCUUAAGCGUGAGGUGGCCGGUGACGCCUCUGAGUCAGCCCUGCUGAAGUGUAUUGAGCUGUCCUGUGGUGCCGUCAAAGCCAUGAGGGACAAGAACAAGAAGGUGGCUGAGAUCCCCUUUAACUCCACCAACAAGUACCAGCUCUCAAUUCACGAAGUUGAGGAUGAAAAUGACAACCGCUACCUGUUGGUGAUGAAGGGAGCUCCAGAGAGAAUCCUCGACCGCUGCUCCACCAUCAUGGUGCAGGGCAAGGAGCAGCCCAUGGACGAUGAGAUGAAAGAGGCUUUCCAGAACGCCUAUCUGGAACUGGGAGGACUGGGAGAGAGAGUACUGGGUUUCUGCCACAUGUUCAUGCCAGAGGACAAGUAUCCCAAAGGUUUUGCCUUCGACACCGAUGAUGUCAACUUCCAGACAGACAACCUUUGCUUCGUAGGUCUCAUGUCCAUGAUUGACCCUCCCCGUGCUGCCGUGCCUGAUGCCGUGGGCAAAUGCCGCUCUGCUGGCAUCAAGGUUAUUAUGGUGACUGGUGACCACCCAAUCACAGCCAAGGCCAUUGCUAAGGGUGUGGGCAUCAUCUCUGAAGGCAACGAGACAGUAGAAGACAUUGCUGCACGCCUCAACAUCCCUGUGAGCCAGGUCAACCCAAGGGAUGCCAAGGCCUGUGUGAUCCACGGUACAGAUCUGAAAGAUCUUAGUCAGGAGCAGAUGGAUGACAUUUUGAGGAACCACACAGAGAUCGUCUUUGCCAGAACCUCCCCACAGCAGAAACUUAUCAUUGUAGAAGGCUGCCAGAGACAGGGUGCCAUCGUGGCUGUGACAGGCGAUGGUGUGAAUGACUCUCCUGCCCUGAAGAAGGCUGACAUCGGCGUUGCCAUGGGAAUCUCCGGCUCAGACGUGUCCAAACAGGCUGCAGACAUGAUCCUGCUGGAUGACAACUUUGCCUCCAUUGUCACUGGAGUAGAAGAAGGCCGUCUGAUCUUUGACAACCUGAAAAAGUCCAUCGCAUACACUCUGACCAGCAACAUCCCAGAGAUCACCCCCUUCCUGUUCUUCAUCUUGGUCAACAUCCCACUGCCUCUGGGCACCAUCACUAUCCUCUGCAUCGACCUGGGAACUGACAUGGUACCAGCCAUCUCUCUUGCCUAUGAAGCAGCCGAGAGCGACAUCAUGAAGCGCCAGCCUAGAAACCCACUGAGGGACAAACUGGUCAACGAGAGACUCAUCAGCAUCGCCUAUGGACAGAUUGGUAUGAUCCAAGCUCUUGGUGGAUUCUUCGCCUAUUUCGUCAUCAUGGCUGAAAAUGGUUUCCUGCCAUCUCAGCUUGUUGGUAUCCGGCUCAACUGGGAUGACCGCUCCACCAACGACCUGGAGGACAGCUACGGGCAGCAAUGGACCUAUGAGCAGCGUAAGAUUGUGGAGUUCACUUGCCACACAGCCUUCUUCGUCAGUAUUGUGGUGGUGCAGUGGGCAGAUGUCAUCAUCUGCAAGACCAGACGUAACUCUGUGUUCCAGCAGGGCAUGAAGAAUAAGAUUUUGAUCUUUGGCCUGUUUGAGGAAACAGCUCUGGCUGCCUUCCUGUCCUAUUGCCCUGGCAUGGACCUGGCACUACGGAUGUACCCACUCAAGCCCAGUUGGUGGUUCUGUGCAUUCCCGUACAGUUUCCUCAUCUUUGUUUAUGAUGAGAUCCGAAAACUCAUCCUUCGCCGAAAUCCUGGAGGCUGGGUGGAGAAAGAGACAUACUAUUAAAUUAUCAAAGCAUCAUUUACUUCUCACCCCAUUCUCCCCUGAACUCAUCCCUUCUUCUCUAUCUCCCUCUCUUACUCUCUCCUCCUUCCCCUCCAUCCAUCCCUUCUCCCCUGUCAACAUACUCAAACUGUUCAAGAAAAUGU